AUGGACAGCAAUGUGAUGCCCGUGGACAUGGACCUGUCGCUGGCCAUGGACGACGCGGGCAGCGUGAACAACGGCGGGUACACGCCGUUCAUGUCGCAGGCGCAGGCGCUGCAGCAGCCCAGCCUGCCCACGAGCAGCACCCCCGGCGGCGCCCGCAACGGCCUCUCCCUCUCCAUGGGCCCUGUCAGCAGCAUGACGGGCGCCGGCGCAGGGCCGCUUCCCACAGGCUUCGGCGCGCCCAGCAUGAAUCCCUCUGGCAGUACGCUGACCGAGUUCACCAAGCGGCGGAACUGGUCGCAGCGCGUCCUGGAAGAGCUGCGCGACCUACUGCACAUCCUGACGCCCAAUGGCCGCAUCCUCUACGUCUCACCGUCGUGCAAGACGCUCACCGGCUGGGACCCGAACCAGCUCGCGGGCCGCUUCAUCAAUGACUUCAUCCACCCGGAGGACAUUGGCAUAUUCGUCAAGGAGUUCAACGAGAGCAUCGCCUCCGGCAACUCCAUGCGCUUCUUCUACCGCUUCCGCAAAGCCGACGAGACAUGGACCAUCUUCGAGUCCCAUGGCCACCCUCACCUCUCCAACGAUCUCAGCUCCUUCGCGCCCCCAAAUGCCCUCAACUGCCGCGGCUUCUUCAUCAUGGCUCGGCCCUACCCCACCAAGAACGCCGCCCUUCUCGACUCCUUCCUCGAGCACAAGAUCGAGAACGAACGCCUCACCAAACGCAUCGCCGAGCUGAAGCGCGAAGAGCAGGAGGAGCAGGAGGAAUGGUCGAAGAAGGACGCCCAGAGCCAGUCUGGCGUGCCCACGGAGUCAGCAGUCUCACAGAGCGUCCAUGCCAGCGACGUCGCCUCAUACGCGCAAAUGCCGCCGCCUGCAAAGCCCAGCAUAUCGAGUACGGCGCUCACACGGCAGAACCUCGACGAAGUAUUGGCAGCGAGCCGGACAGAGAACAUCAGCGACAAGAUGGCGCGCUACGAAGGCGCAAACCAUCUGGAGACGAUCGAGAUGCUGACGGGGCUGCGGUACCGAGACGGCGAGCGGUCACAGGGUAUCAGUACGGGAGAUGCAAGCCCAAUGCUCAUUAGAGGCGAUGCCGGGAUACAGAUCUCGUUGGACCGAGACGGGAGAGGCACUUCAGAUAAGAAGAAGAAGUUGAAACUUGCGGAUGAAUACGUGUGUACUGACUGUGGUACGCUGGACUCACCAGAAUGGAGGAAGGGGCCUAAUGGGCCAAAAACAUUAUGCAAUGCGUGUGGAUUGCGGUGGGCGAAGAAAGAAAAGAAAAAGGCGAACUCGAAUACUCCCGGCCAGCACGCCGCCUCGACACCGGGCCUGCUCAUGCGCCAGAGUACCGGUAGCAGCUAG